CUGAACACUUCGCUUCCUCCCGCAUUCACUCCGCCAACCUCAAUAAUACUGUAUUAUCCCUCACUUCCCACACUCUCAACCGUCUUCCCCACAAUGACAACCCUCCGCACCCUCCUCGCCUUCCUCACCCCCCGUCUCACAAUCCCCGUGGAAGCAUCCUACCCUCAACGCCAACCGCCCUUACCACUCCUCUUCAAAAACUACGGUCCUCCUGGUGUCGCAGAAUCAUCACAUCUAGACCACCCCAUCAACUCCAUCCACUUUGCCCUCGAACCACCACAAUCAAUCCAAUCCACCGCAGCCGACCCCCCACAACCCCCCUCAGCCAAUGAUCGAUUCCCGAAAACAGACGCCCUCUUCCUCCACCGCCCCUUCACUCUCCAACCGCACCACAUCCACCCACGCACCACCUGCGUCCUCACAUCCCACGAGCCCUUCGACUACAUGUACGCCGGCGGCGCCGGCAGCGUCGGCAUGGCGUCCCUCCUCGGGCUGUGUACGCGUCAAGCGUGCGUAAAACUCGUGAGACAACGGGAGAGGGGAGGGCGGUGUAUUGGGUUCAUCACACAUUUACGCAGCGACUGUACGGGGGAGGUGGAGGAGGCGAUGGGGCAGGACGGCGAGACGGGCGAUGCACGUGGAUUACUGGAUACCGUCGCAACUGUAUUCGGCGGCAUCGACUCCAUCCACAACACCCCGCCGGGUCGUCCCCCACCAUCGUCAGCCCAACAACCCAAAAUAGCACUCAUGGCGGCCCUCACACCCCCCCUCCUGGCCCACACGUCCACGCUGGGCGUCAGCGUCUACAUCACCGGACAGAUCCGCCAGCCUGCCCGGGAGGCAUUGCAGAGGGAUGAGAUGCGCGGGAUGUGUGUGGUGUGUGUCGGGCAUGAACGGCUCGAGAGGGUGGGGUUGAGGGUGUUGGCGGGUGAGGUUGGGGUGAUGUUUCCGGGGGUGCGGGUUUCUGGGGAGUGGUAACGGGUAUGUACAGGAUAAGCCCCUACACAUGGCUGAAAAAUCCACAUCCCAGCUUGCUCUCCCUCCACCCCAACCUAUCUGCCCUCUCACUCCGUCCCCUGCUCUCGUUCAUCCCUCCCUCCCCAAAAAACGCAAUCCAUCACACCAACGCUCAAUUCCCAGCCUCCCGAUUCCCCCCAGACUCAACAUCCCCCCUCAACCCCUCCACAU